AUGUGUAGUCCUCAAUCCGGCCCGAAAAAGUCUCCAAUCCUUUCCAAGAUUCCUAUUCCUACUCACGAGAACAUUUACACCGUUCCCAAUAUCCUCACAUUUUCCCGUCUAGUUGCAGCUCCCUUGGUGGGCUACUUCCUCGUUCAUGAUCAUCAUGCAGCUGCACUAUCGUUAUUUGUCUAUGCUGGUCUCACUGAUCUUGUGGACGGUUAUAUUGCCCGGCGGUAUAACCUGCAAACUGUCGUCGGUACCAUUAUUGAUCCAAUGGCGGAUAAACUGCUGAUGACCAUUGGUGUUGCUUGCUUGGCUGUCAAUGGCUCUAUUCCUGUAUGGCUUGCCGUAAUCAUCCUCGGCCGCGAUGUUGGCCUUGCAUUGUCCGCAAUCUACUAUCGCUGGAUAUCUCUACCCCCGCCAAAGACCAUGGCACGAUACUGGGAUUUCUCCCUCCCCUCUGCAGAAGUCAAGCCAACGGGCAUCUCCAAAGUCAACACGGCUUUGCAGCUUGUGCUUGUGGGCUCUGCGAUCGCAUUACCUGUGAUUCCAGAGGCAGUUCUCGACGCAUGGAAUCUCCAAGAUGGAAUGACAGCGUUGCAGUACCUCGUUGCAUCCACUACGAUCUGGUCUGGGCUCAGCUACGUCUUUUCUAAAGACGCAGUAAAGAUCCUUACUAAGGAGGAAGUGCAAAAGCGCCUUGCAAGAGCCAGCAGGAAGAAGUGA